CCCGGCGGCGGUGUCGCCCGUGUUGUCGAACCUCGGCCCCUGCCCCCUUGAUCCGCUGGGGGCCUGCGUCCGGAAGGAGGAGUCGGCGGCGGGAGCUGCCGCUACUGGGGCCGAGGGAAGUGUCACAGCGGCGGGAGAGGGUCUCCGACCAGCCAGCUAUUCAGCCCGUCCGGGCUCCGGGCCGGGAGAGCCAGGCGGUGGGGGACCGCGGGAGGAGCCGCUGCGGAGCUCAGGUCACUUUCCUGUUGAAUCCUUGAUCAAGUUUCCUAGUCUCCAGACCUGCUCCAUGAUCUAGAUCUAGGAAAUACUUGGAAUUUUGAAAUGAAGAUGGAGGAGGCUGUGGGAAAAGUUGAAGAACUUACUGAGUCUACAGUCCCAUCAAAGACAUCUGAAAAACAAGAAACAGUCCAGACAGAAGAUGGACCUAUAGAACUAGAGUCUCAUUCUCAAAAAGAUGGUGGGAAUGAUUCUGCAGUUCUUUCAUCCAUGCCUUGCUUGCUGAUGGAAUUGAGACGGGACUCCUCAGAGUCUCAACUGGCAUCUACAGAAAGUGAUAAACCAACAACUGGCCGAGUUUAUGAGAGUGACUCUUCUAAUCAUUGCAUGCUUUCACCUUCCUCCAGUGGACAUCUGGCAGAUUCAGAUACAUUGUCUUCCGCAGAAGAGAAUGAGCCCUCCCAGGUAGAAGCUACUGUAGAAGGAGAUCCUUCUGGAGUGUCUGGAUCAGCUGUUGGUCGCAAGUCUAGACGGUCCCGAUCUGAAAGUGAAACAUCAACGAUGGCUGCCAAGAAAAACAGGCAGUCCAGUGAUAAGCAAAAUGGCCGAGUUGCCAAGGUUAAAGGUCACCGGAGCCAAAAGCACAAAGAAAGAAUCCGGCUACUGAGGCAGAAGCGGGAGCUUGCUGCUCGAAAGAAGUAUAAUCUGCUGCAGGACAGCAGUACCAGUGAUAGUGACCUGACCUGUGACUCAAGCACGAGUUCGUCAGAUGAUGACGAAGAAGUUUCAGGGAGCAGCAAGACAGUCACUGCAGAGAUACCAGAUGGACCUUCAGUUGUAGCUCAUUAUGAUAUAUCUGACACCAACUCUGACCCAGAAGUGGUAAAUGUGGACAAUUUAUUGGCGGCUGCAGUAGUUCAAGAGCACAGUAAUUCUGUAGGAAGCCAGGACACAGGAGCUACCUGGAAGACCAGCGGGCUUCUAGAGGACCUGAAUGCUGAGGCAGGUCAUUUGGAUCCAGGAUUCCUUGCAAGUGACAAAACGGCUUCUAGCAAUGCACAACUCAAUGAAGAGAUUAAUAUUGCCUCUUCCGACAGUGAAGUAGAGAUUGUGGGAGUUCAGGAACAUGCAAGGUGCGUACAUCCUAGAGGUGGUGUGAUUCAGAGUGUGUCCUCAUGGAAGGAUGGCUCAGGCUUACAAUAUUUUAGCAGCCGGCAAACACAAUCAUGGACAUCCGUGACUCCCCAGCAGAAUUGGUCUUCACCCUCGGAAGUAGUCGAUCUUACCUUGGAUGAAGACAGCAGACGCAAAUACCUACUGUAACACGAUGUCACUGUGUUUCUUCCCCACUGUACCCUUCCUUUUCUCUUUGGCACAGAAGUUCAUUGUCAUUGCUUCAACUUCAGAAGCCCUGCUCUUAGCAUUUGUGGAAUUGAAACUUGUGGAGAAUUAUCCCUUUAAAAAAACACUGAGAUUUUAUCUUUUAAAAGUCAUUUAGGAAAAUGAAGGACUCUUUCCCUCCUUCAUUAGGAAGAUAAAAGAUAAUGAUGAAUUUUAUGGGGGAAAAAAACUGCAGUUAUAUGCGGUGAAUAUUAAUCAGAGGAAAUGCUAUCCAGCUCUGCCUUCCUCACUCCUGAUAGAAUAAUAUUAGUUUAAUUACAAGGUGAAUUUUAACUGGGGUUUUGGAACCUUGUAUUUCUCUCUGUGAGUGAAAUUAUAACCUACAGGGUUAGCUCUUCCUUUCCUUCCCACUGGCCCUCUUGCCCCAGGGCAUUUGCACAUUUCUCAGUCAGGUUAUAUUAUUGGCACUCAGUAGGACAUGUUCAUUAACAACUUGUCCUUUUAAGCAGAAAACAGGAGCAUUACUGUUUCUCUCUUAACUUAGUUUUCUGCUCCCUUUCCUGACUACUCGCCUGACUGGUGACUUGCCACAACUUGAAUGACUUUGCUCUGAUGUUGUGAUCACAAAUGCUGUUGACUUCUGUUGAUUCCUUGUUUGCAAUAACUUUUAACUCUGAAAAAUGAGAAUUUCUUGACUAGUAGCUACUUCCAGGAUAAUACUUUUCUGAGGAGGGUUGGUAUCAAUGGAAAAAAAAAUCUCCAUUCUGAUUCCCUUGGCUUUUCUUUUUUUUUCUAGUCUACUCAAAUAUAACUGGAAAAUGUAUAAAGGUGAAACUGGGAACCUGUUACAUGGGCCUGAAACAGAGAGAGAGAGGCCAAAGUUGGGAGGCUAUAGGAACUCAUAAGCUUGCAUGGCAUUUGGCAAGAGUGUUAAGUGCCUUUUUUCAUAGCAAGUCUCUCCAUGUAGGGCAUAGCCAAUAAGCGCUAAAUACAUAAACUGAUGCCGAACUGAUGUUGUGCUUGGAUAUCUUUCUCCUUCCUACCUUUAAAAAAAUAAUAUAUGCCAUAAGAAGCACAUGUCGCAACAUUCUAGAUUUUACAUAAUUAAAAAUAGGGAAAAUUCAGGAAAUGCCAAAGUUGAGGUUUUUGUGGCAUUGUUAGCUACUUGGUAUCUGGGAUUUAUUUCACUUAUUGUUCAUAUCCCUUGAAUGCAAUAGCUUUGAUAACACCAUGUACAAAGGUGGGGUAAAGUGAUGUUGCUUUCAAGACCUUUUGUUCCUUCUUAUCCUUUUCUUUUUGGUUUUCUGGUAAUUCAACUAUUGGUAAGCUGCUUUACCUGUAGCCCUUAAUGCAUCAGUGGCUGCUGCUUAUCAUAGGAGCAUGCAUGAGAACUGCACAGUCAGAAUAGUCUGCCUGACGCUGUUUGUCCAACAUUUAAAAUACUUUAUUUUGAGUAAAGCAUAGUUUCUUAUCUUAGUGAACCCUUUCUACUACUUUGGACUCUUCCUGCCCUCUUCCUGCAGGGAUGUGGUUUUGAUCACAUGUUCUUUGAUGAGCUCCUUUCUCUGAUAUUUUUUCAUUUGCUUUUGUUUUCCAUCAGUUGUUCAGAUUCAGGCUUUUGAGAUAACAAUUCCAGUUUACAAAUCUUAAUUCUUUCCUGUAUAUGGGCCUCUUGGCAAAACCAAAGACCAAAAGUAAGGCCGAAAAGAAACAAUAUUCCAAUCUGACUGUUAUUAACGUCCUCAGACUGUUCAUAUUUAAUUUUGGCAUUAUUUUAUUAAAUACUUUGUGCUAUCACAAGCUAUCAUUUACUUAGCUUAAAGUACAUUGCCAAGAUGAAUGCACAACUCUUGAUCUUGUUUUUCAAAGAAACCAACUUGAAGAGUAUAAGGUGGGUCAUGCUAUAUCACUUGAAAUUUGUUUAGAUAUUUUCUCCACAGACACCUUGUAAAACUUCUUUGAAGUAAAUACCAUUACAGAGAAAGUUCUGUUUAAUGAAGUUAUUUCUGUAGCCCAUUGUAGAUGGGCCAUAGAAACAACAUACUGUUGACCCAUUUGCAACAAAUUCUCAACAUAGCAUGUAAUCCUCUGUGUUAGUGCUUUCUUGGGUCGGGGGAGGGAGGGUUGUUUGCAUAUUUUUUUUGGAUUGUAGGUAGGAAAAGGAGAGUUGAGCUGUCCCUAAGCUCUUCACGCUUCUUUUGUCCUACCAACAAGUAGUACCUUUCAAGUCAUAUUGCCUCUUCCCUCUUUAGACAUCCCAACCAACUAAACUCUCGAAUAGUCUCCAAAACAAAAUGGUAGUGGAGAUGGAGAUCCAGGAACUAAGAGGAGGAGAGAGAUGGGAAUGUCAUGAACAUUAUACUCACUCUUCUAAUGUAUUUGGGACCCACCUUUUUAUAUACUGAUUCCUCAGAGAUUCUGGGCUCCAGUCAUUUCAUUGCUAGCCCCUGCAGACUGGAGGUGUACUUUUAAGCAGUGUACUAAUUUUUUAAAAAUUCCAUGGUGAGAAAGCAGUUUAGACAGCCCUUAGAGUUCCUUCUUAAGAGAUUAUAUCUCUAUAAAUUUUUCAUUUGGUAGCACAAAUAGUAGGAAAAAUUCCCCAAAGCAAUAGCUCACAGAGACAGUGCUCUAUUCAGGGUUACCUUUGUGCUAAAUGGUACAGCUAGGCCACUAGAUUGGUUUCUAUCCCAACUUAAAAAAUAAACUAGAAUUUGAACCAAUGACCUAUGUAUUGUUCGAUCAUGCCCUUUAAGAAGAUAUAGUUGCUGCUUUUUGGUAUCUGCUAUUUGGCUUUUUGCUUUUUAUUUUAUUUGAAGGGGCCAAAUUAAUUGGACCCCCUUUUCUUUGCAGUUGAGCAUCCCAUAAUGCUGGUAUCAUUGUACCAAUUGUGAAUACAAAUCUUUUCCUGGUUUGCUAAUGUAGUAAUGUGCAUCAUUUUUAGCAAGUUAGCACUGUAGGUAACUGAGAGGGAAAAACAAUGUGUUAGUUACCUGCUUUUUCCUAUCUCAUGAGGUAUCUGAGGGAACUGAGGACAUAGUUUAGUCUUUCCUAUUAAAAAUAAAUAAAUAAGCAGAGCCCCUAAAUUCCUGUUUUCCAGUAUGUAUAUGAUGUGACUUCCAUGUAUAUAUAAAAACAACUGCGCCCUAACCAAACUUCCUCAGAUUGUGCACUGUUUAUAGUUUAAAAUAAUCACGUAUCUUAGUCUCAUGCUGUUGGGUUUGUUUUCUAUUUUAUUUAAAACACUACAUAUUUCUUAUUCUUUUAACAAAUUUCAAAGGGUAGUGAUCUUUAAAAAAAACACGCCCACAAUCACUGGAUAGUUAGGAAAUGUUAUUCUGUUUGUUUUUGUUUUAUAUUUUAAAGAGAGC